AUGGGCUACUCAACCACUCCGGUCUCGGUUCUUCCACCGACUUUUGAGCAGCAUCACGAUGGUUUUGGAGUUCAAAGUGUGCGUCCAAGGCUUUCAUGGAGGUUUUCAUGCACGAACGCGCAGAUUCACAAUUGGAGACAGACAGCAUAUGACAUUGCGCUCUCCUACAAUAACAUAGAGCCUGGCCAAGUCUUCCAUGUAGAGAGCGAAGACAGUGUUUUGGUACCGUGGCCAAACUCGGAGCCACUCGAAUCACGAACACGUUGUUUUGUACGCGUCAGGUGCUACGGCAGAUAUUCUAUAUCUGGUGGGAGUAAUAAUGAGAACGACCAUGAGUCUAUGACCGAAUGGUCCCCGUCGUCCACUUUGGAGAUCGCAUUACUGAGAAACAGUGACUGGAGGGGGUGUAUGAUCACUGUAUCGGAGCCAUGGCCUCUGAGCCUGGACCAUUCAGCCCGCCCGCUGUGUUUCUACAAGCGGUUUUAUUUAUCUUUAAAAAACGGAUCUAUUGAAAACAGUCGGCUAUAUGCCACCAGCCAUGGCGUGUAUAGCGUACGGAUCAAUGGUAGAAAGGUCGGCGAUCACUGUUUAGCCCCGGGCUUCCAAAGUUACCACAAGAGAUUGCACUACCAGGUUUACGAUACCAAAGAUCUUUUGGUAACACCUGGCUGGAACAAAAUCGAGAUAGAUGUGGCUGCCGGCUGGUUUGCUUCUGCUACUAGUUGGGCUAGGAAACGAUUCAUAUACGGCGAGAAACUCGGUGUGCUGGCACAGCUGGAGAUUUGGGCAGGAGACUCCACCUUGCCAAUUUUGGUGAGCACUGACCUGAGCUGGAGCGUCUCGAACACAUCCUUUGUUAGCGGUGAAAUAUUGGAUGGCGAAAUCUUCGACCAAAGUCUGAGUAUGAGCUCAAAAUCGGACGAUGCCAAAUUCACGGUUCAAGAAUCGCCUAUUCCAGUAAGCAGGCUCGUGUCUCCGGAAGCCCCGCCGGUCAGAGUGGUGGAGAAGCUCAAACCAAAAGACAUAUUCAAGUCGCGAUCAGGAGGUGCUGUUAUUGUGGAUUUUGGGCAAAAUAUUGCCGGUCGUAUAUGCGUUAGAAGAGUCCAGAAACCUGCGGGCUCUCAAAUCACAUUUCGUCACGCGGAAGUCAUCCAAGACGGCGAGAUUAUGUGUCGUCCCUUAAGGACAGCAAAAGCCAGGGACAUUAUAAUAUGCGAUGGCCGGGAGCUCUUUGACUGGCAACCGCAACACACUUUCCACGGGUUCAGAUAUGUCGAGAUCACGGGUUGGGGCCCCGACGACAAGAGCUGCCCUCUCACCAAGGGUUGCAUCGUCGCUGAAGUGAUGCAUACCGACAUGCUGCGUACAGGCUGGUUUUCAUGCUCCAACGAUGAUGUUAAUCGGUUACAUGAAAAUUCUCUCCGUAGCAUCAAGGGCAAUUUUUUUAGUGUGCCUACCGAGUGCCCAUCAAGAGAUGAGCGCUUCGGUUGGACGGGAGACCUGAACAUUAUUGCGCCUACGGCCAACUUCUUGUAUGAUACGACUGGUAUGUUGAGGAACUGGUUGCAAGAUCUAUACCUCGAUCAGAUGGAAGAGACCGAAUACUGGCGCCAAGGCGUCGUGCCCUUGUUUAUCCCCAAUUCUUUACUAAGAACCGGCGACGGGGGCCACGGAUGGGAUCCGAUGCCUAAUGGCGUUUGGGGUGACGCUGCAAUCAUGGUCCCCUGGGGUCUAUAUCAUAUGUCUGGUGAUAUUAGUUUUCUCUCGGGGCAGUAUGACAGCAUGGUUCAAUACCUGGAGAAGGGCGUGACUCGAGGUCAGGAUGGACUUUGGGAUCCUGAGCAGUGGCAAUUUGGUGACUGGCUGGACCCAAGAGCGCCUCGGAAUGAUUCUGGCAGAGGCACUACGGAUGGUACGUUCGUUGCUGAUUGUUUCCUUAUUGCUUCCACCCAGAUCGCUGCAGAGGUGGCCGCAAUGCUGGCCAAACCAGUAGACUCGUCUCGGUUCAGAGACACCGCCCUGCGUCUAGUUCAUUCGUGGCAGAACAAGUAUCUGACGGCAGCUGGUCUUGUGGUUCCAGAUACUGCAACAGCUCUUUCACUCGCCCUGUGGUUUGAUCUCCUUCCAGAAUCUGGAGGUAGCUCAAUGAAGGCGCAGGCUGCGGCUCGUCUCUUCCGACUGGUUCGUCUGAAUGACUUUAAGAUUACCACUGGAUUUGUGGGCAGUGCGCUUCUUUCUCGCGCGCUCACUCAGUCUGGUGGUGUCGACCUAGCCUACGCCAUGCUCUUCCAGAAGAAGUGUCCUUCAUAUCUGUAUCCCAUUACGAUGGGAGCUACCACAGCGUGGGAGCGCUGGGACAGCAUGCUCUCAGAGGGGACUGUCAACCCCGGUUCAAUGACAAGCUUCAAUCAUCAUGCUCUCGGUAGUAUCGCAAAUUGGAUGCACGCGGAUAUAGGUGGCCUUGAGGCAAUUGACCCUGGCUGGAAGGUAUUUCGAGUGAAGCCGUGGCCCAAUAAGGAGCUGACCUGGGCGGAUACCGUGUUCGAGUCGAGGUACGGCCGGAUUGAGCUAAGAUGGACAUUAAAGGGAGACCUUUUCCGUAUGAGACUACGUGUGCCUCCAAACUCUACCGCCGUCGUCAGCCUUCCUAGUGAUAGCGGAACAUAUGAGCUGGGGGAUCAAGAAGGCAAAGAGCAAAGAGUUGGGUCGGGAGAAUACAACUUAGAGUGUCGGUUUGUCCAGACAGAGUGGCCGUUAAAGGCACUGCUACCACCAUGGGGAAGAGCGGAGUUCUAG